AUGAGCAUCAGGGGCGGCAGCCUUGGCAACUACUACGUCAAACUACCAAUCGAGGAUGAGAGCAAGGAGGAAGGAGAGGUGGCGCAGGAAUCGGAGACGAUCGCCUGCCACGUGUGCGACAGGGUAUUCGUGUCGAAGAAGGCGCUGCACGGGCACAUGCGGUCGCACCCGGCACGGCGGGGGCGCGGUUCGGUGACGCCGUCGAUGGAGGAGGAGACGGCGGAGUUGCUACUGCUGCUCUCCGGCUCCGGCGACCCCCGGCAUCGGAAGUACCUAUGCCACGGCUGCCACGAGGAGUUCGAGACUCGGCACGCGCUGGAGGGACACCGCGCCAGCCACCAGAAGCGGCAGGAGUGCCACACCAAGGAUUCUGUCCGGCGACGAGACGGACGCAGCGACGAUGAGGCAGCGGGGCAACCAGCGGCAGCGGAGAGUUCAAGAAGGGGGAGGAAGAAUAAAAGACCAUUAUUGGACUUGAAUAAGCCGCCGUCGCCUUCAUCGUCAUCGCCAUCAGGAUCGAACUAUGGCAGCGGAGGGAGGAGCGAUAGCUCGUCGUCCGGCGACGCCGGGGGAGGAGGAAGCAUGAACUGA